GAAAACAAAACCAGACCCACUUAGAGGGGAGAAAGUUUAUGCCUUUAAGCUCUCUCUCUUGCCCUUCAUUGUUUUCUUAAUGCUACACACUCUUCUCAAGCUUUAAGCUUUUUUCUUUCUUGUGAGGGCUUUCUGUUUUGUGUAGUGUAGUGUAGUGUAGUGUUUUGUGUAUAAGCAGCAGCAAAAAUGAGAGGAGAAGCUUUGUUAGUGGUGGUUUUGUUGAGUUUGAUCUCUGUGGGUUGUGGUGCUAGGUUGGGUUCUGAAAGGCAGAAACUUGAAGUUGAAAAGCAUUUGAAUCGCUUGAACAAAAAACCAGUUAAAAGCAUUGAGAGUCCAGAUGGGGAUAUUAUAGAUUGUGUUCACAUGUCGCACCAACCAGCCUUUGAUCAUCCUUAUCUCAAAGACCACAAAAUUCAGAUGAGGCCUAACUACCACCCAGAAGGGCUUUUUGAUGAUAACAAAGUGUCUGUGAAACCCAAAGAAAGAACAAACCCCAUUAAGCAGUUGUGGCAUGUGAAUGGUAAAUGCCCAGAAGGGACCAUCCCCAUAAGGAGGACAAAGGAAGAUGAUGUUUUGAGGGCAAGUUCAGUGAAAAGAUAUGGCAAGAAGAAGCACAGAAGCAUCCCAAUCCCUCAGCCAAAGUCAGCUGAUCCUGACCUCAUCAAUGAAAGUGGUCAUCAGCAUGCCAUUGCUUAUGUUGAAGGAGAUAAAUACUAUGGAGCAAAAGCCACCAUUAAUGUAUGGGAACCAAAAAUACAACAACCUAAUGAGUUCAGCUUGUCUCAGCUUUGGAUUUUGGGAGGUUCUUUUGGUCAAGAUCUUAACAGCAUUGAAGCUGGAUGGCAGGUCAGCCCAGAUCUAUAUGGUGAUAACAACACAAGACUUUUCACCUACUGGACUAGUGAUGCAUAUCAAGCUACAGGCUGCUACAAUCUUCUUUGCUCAGGCUUUAUUCAAAUCAACAGUGAAAUAGCAAUGGGAGCAAGCAUAACUCCUGUUUCUGGCUACAGAAAUUCCCAAUAUGAUAUCAGUAUACUUAUCUGGAAGGAUCCAACUGAGGGGCAUUGGUGGAUGCAAUUUGGCAAUGACUAUGUACUGGGGUACUGGCCAUCUUUCCUGUUUUCAUACUUGGCAGACAGUGCAUCCAUGAUUGAAUGGGGAGGUGAAGUUGUGAACUCAGAGCCAGAUGGGCAGCACACUGGAACUCAAAUGGGCAGUGGCCAUUUUCCUGAAGAAGGUUUUGGAAAAUCAAGUUAUUUCAGGAACAUACAAGUAGUGGAUGGGUCAAAUAAUCUCAAGGCGCCAAAAGGCAUUGGCACUUUUACUGAGCAAUCCAACUGCUAUGAUGUCCAAACAGGCAGCAAUGGGGAUUGGGGCCAUUACUUUUAUUAUGGGGGCCCUGGUAAAAACCCCAAUUGCCAGUAAGGGAGAAAUUCCCAUUUUACCCCUCACUCACUUUCUCCCCCUUCUAUGUAUCAUUCAACCUAGUGUAAUGUCCAUCUUGCCCUCUUCUGUAUACCUUUUUUACUGUUUUACCACUUUUUACUAUUAGGUUGGGUUAGUAACAUGUGACCUCUCUAGUGAGAAGUUUUGACUCUUUUUUUUUUUUUUCUCUUUUUUUACUCGAAAAGAUUCUCCAUGUAAGUGGUAAGUGGUUAAGGAUGUGGCCAAGUUUCUCCUAAGCUAAAAGAAACAGGCCUUUGUCA